AUGGAAACGAGGUGGCAGCUCUCGAAGGAGUGCAUGUUUCUAGUGUCGGCGUUUUUCGUACUGUUCAUGUCUGGCGGGCUCAUUCUAGGGUUCGGACCGGUCUACUCAAUGCUCGUACGAGAAAAGCUAUGGGUAAACGUGUGUUCUAAGGAGGAGCAGCAGAAUAGAAACGAGGACAGCGGCGUUUUGUGCGCUGCGCAGGAAGUGUAUCUGCAAUCGGUAUUUUCGACGGCAUUCUUGAGUCUGAGCGCGUCAAACGUCUUUUUUGGCGUGUUUCUAGAUGUCAUGGGACCUCGUGGAACGAUUGUAUUGGCGCUUUUGCUCUCAACGUGCGGGAAUUUUGCACUCGCGUUGGUACAGACAGAAAGCUCUGGUCUGUGGAUCAUUGCUGGAUAUUCACUCGUAGCGAUCGGUGGAAUGGGUGUUUAUCUGGCUGCAUUCCAGAUGUUGCAAUUGUUCAAUGUUCAAGGUCUAGUGUGCAGCACGCUUUCGAGCUUGUUUAAUUGCUCGGGUUUUGUAUACGUGCUACUGGGACUUCAUGGCAUGACACGGACAAAUUUCUUUUGCGGUUAUGGCAUUUUGGCGAGCGUAUGCGCUUUUGUCGGUUACUUGCUCUUUCCGACGAACAACAUCAACAGACCGAGCGAAUUUCUCGCUAUCCCUCUUUUGCACUUUGAAUUACCACGAAACAAUACUCCUGCUUUUCUGGUGGACGGCUUGCAAGAAAUGCUAAAACGACAAGAUUUGUGGCUGCUUGCAGUGCUUUUCGGCUGGGUGUCGCUCACAUUUGCGUUUACCGGUGGUGCAUUACCAAGCUUGCUGAGUAAACUGGCUGGGGAUGACAUUAGUGCCGCGUCGCUGUAUACGAAUGUCAUCUAUCCCAUUGUCGUGAAUAGCACCUUUUGCUAUUCGCCUAUAGUCGGCUACGUCAUUGAUCACUACGGAUUCAAAAUGGUGUUCGUGGCCUGCAUUGUUCUCGUCCAACUUCUGAUUGUUCUUCUUCUGGUGCCUUCACUCCAAGUGCAGCUCAUCACGUUUUUCGUCUUCGCGAUGGCCCAAAGUUGUCUGUACUCACUAUAA